AGAACGGACAGAGAAUUCAGACAGAAACAUCGUCUUCAUAUUCAGACUACUUCGAUGCUGCAGACAGCUACUCCUGUGCUCUAAAAGGACACGAGGAUUUCCCCUCUCCUCCACUGUGUGUUUUCGGUCAAAUCUGCAACAGAGUCACGUACAGUAACAGAAGCAUCUGCGCCGUCAAAGGCUCAUCAGUGGACAUUUCUUGCACUUACAGCAGUUCCAAGGAUCACAUUGAAUCAAGACUCUGGUUCAAUCCUGAACGUAGUGAUCAGUGGAUGAAUGCUGAGGACCUCAGAGAAGACUCCCAGAAUGCAGGUCGUGUUCAGGUCAUUGACACAGAGGGAGGACGCUCCACCCUGAGAAUCACUGACCUGAGAGAGAGCGACUCAGCUGAGUAUCACUUCAAAUUCACAACACCAAGCUUUGAAUGGAGGAGUAGUUUACCUGGUACAACUCUGACUGUCACAGCUCUCCAGGUGCGGGUGAUCAGAAUAACAGUCCAUCAGUCUCAUACCGAGGCACAGCUGUUCUGUUGGAGCAGCUGCAGUCCAGCUGGUCAUUUUUCCUUCGUCUGGUUCAAGAAUGGAAAGAAAAAUACGACAGAGGAAACUUCCACUUACACAGAUUUCUUUUAUCCCGGAGACAACAUCUCCUGUGCUUUCAAAGGACACGAGGGUUCCCGCUCUGUUUCACUGUAUGCUCCAAAGCUUCCCUCUGUGUCAGUGAGUCCCUCUGCUGAGAUAGUGGAGGGCAGUUCAGUGACUCUGACCUGUAGCAGUGAUGCUAACCCAGCAGCUAAAUAUACCUGGUACAAGGAGAAUGGAAACCUCAUCAGACCUCUCAGUGAAGGACCACAGCUCGUCUUCAGCUCCAUCCAGUCCUCCGACUCUGGACAGUAUUACUGUGCAGCUGAGAACGAGCUAGCGACAACAUUUGAAUCCAUCCUCAUCAAUGUGAAAUAUGGUCCAAAGCUUCCCUCUGUGUCAGUGAGUCCCUCUGCUGAGAUAGUGGAGGGCAGUUCAGUGACUCUGACCUGUAGCAGUGAUGCUAACCCAGCAGCUAAAUAUACCUGGUACAAGGAGACAGUAAACUUCAGACCUCUCAGUGAAGGACCACAGCUUGUCUUCAGCUCCAUCCAGUCCUCUGACUCUGGAGAGUAUGACUGCACAGCAGAGAACAUGCUGGGGGAGAGGAGGUCUGACUACAUCUAUAUAGAUGUGAAAUAUGCUCCAAAGCUUCCCUCUGUGUCAGUGGUUCCCCCCGGUGAAAUCAUAGAGGGCAGUUCAGUGACUCUGACUUGCAGCAGUGAUGCUAACCCAGCAGCUAAGUACACCUGGUACAAGGAGAACCACACACUGUAUCAUGGAGAAAAAGACAUCUAUCAUUUCACCUCCAUCAGCUCUGAGGACAGAGGGACGUACUUCUGCAAGUCUCAGAAUCAACAUGGACAGAUCAACUCUUCAUCUCUAUUUCUAGAUGUCCAGUAUGCUCCAAAGCUUCCCUCUGUGUCAGUGAGUCCCUCUGCUGAGAUAGUGGAGGGCAGUUCAGUGAAUCUGACCUGUAGCAGUGACGCUAAGCCAGCAGCUAACUAUACCUGGUACAAGGAGGAUGACGACUCACCAAAAGCGUUGGGGCCAAUCUUUGCCAUCACUGACAUCAGAGCUGAACACAGUGGGAAUUAUUACUGUGAAGCUGAGAACAAGAGAGGACGGCAUAACUCCACUUUACAAUUGAUUAUUGUAUCAAGAUCAAUGAAAUCAGUAGCUGCUGGAUCAAUCACAGCUAUUUUUCUGGCUAUCAUAUUCGUCUUAGCCUUUCUAUUCAUCAGAAGAAAGAGGUCCUUGAAACAAACCCCCGAGCCUAGACAGAGACCAGACGGCAACGCACAGGCAAACAUGGGUGCAGUGUAUGACAUUCCUCCAGCUCCAAGACAGAGAACACCAUCAGAGCAGCAGGACGACCUCUGCUAUGCCAGUGUGAGCUUCUCUAAAAACCAGGAAGAUCCUCUCUACUCCAACGUCAGGCUAAACCAACCCAACAGACACAGGGAGGAAGAAGAGGACGAGGAUGAUGUGGAGUACUCUGUUGUUAACUUUAACUGUGCCGGUGCUGCCACAGAAUCAAUACAAGAAGAGCCUGCGGAGGAUUCAUCUGUACUGUACAGCACAGUCCUUAAAAAACCAAGAGUAUGAAUACAACACGAGUCUGUGGUCUUUUAAACAAUGUUUCAGCAGGUUAAACAAAAAGUUUUAAAUAAUAGGUUUGAGACGAUAAACUGUAUUAACUGUUGUUAUGACAUCCAGCCUCGGUCAUUUCUCUUGAGUAUCCUAAGACAGAAUUAGAUUCAAGAUGUUAUGAAGGAGCAUCAUUUUACAGCCAGUGCUGCUAGAACAUCUUUUCACGUACAUGUCUCUGUAUACAGUAUAUCUUUACCACAAUGUGUCACUGAUCUCCUGUUUUGUUUUUUACAGUUCAUCAGUUGUUAUUGUCAAACACUGUGAAUAUUCCUCUGCUCAUUCUCCCAUUUUUUUUUACUUCUGCUGUAACACCAUCAAGUUAGUGUUUUAAUUUCUCAAUACACAACUUAGAUGGUUUUUAUUUACGGUGGUUCUGUGUGUAUUCUAAGCCUGUGACUUAUUAUAUUGACUGUACUGAUUUUUAUUGUUUAAAUAACCUGAUAUUUUAUUGAAUAAAAGUAUUCGGUUAAUACA